CACUGCAAUGGCAAUUGACUGGCUUGGAUUUGGCUACGCUGCAGCCAUAGCCCUUGGGGGAUUCAUGGGAUACAAGAGAAAAGGUAGGAGUUUCUAGUCAAGCAGUUCAAAAUGCACAAAGCAACAUGAAUAUGUCAUUAUCACACUUUCAAGUUUUUAAUGUCACGUGCACAAGUACAGUGAAAUGCAUUUCUUGCAAACUCAAAAUCCAACAAUGCAAUAAUCAAUAACAAUGUAAUACUAGAAAAAACACACGAGAAAUAUGAAGAACACCAUAACUAAGUACGUAUACUGUGUACAGGGUCAGUUCCAAUACCAUAUUUACAAUGUGCAGGGAGACUGGCGUGAUGGCUGUAGAUAUGUAUAGGAGUAAGGUGACUAGGCAACAGGAUAUAAUAUAAACAGAGUAGCAGCAGCAGCAGCUUGAAUGUGAGUGUGUAUAGAGUCAGUAUAAAUGCAUGUGCAUAUUAUGUGUGAGUGAGCAGAUGAUUGUGUGUGUGUAGGGCCCUGUGAGUGUACAUAGAAAGUGCAAAAAUAAAAGGUAAAUAAAGAUAGUCAGUGUAGCUAUUCUGAUAGUUAUUUAUCAGUCUUAUUGCUUGGAGAUAGAAGCUGUUCAAUAGCCUGUUGGUGUGAGACUUGAUGUACCGCUUACCGUGCGGAAGCAGUGCGAAAGCAGUGCGAUAAAAACAACAACACAGAGUUACAUAUGGGGUAAAACAAAACAAAGUCAAAAAUACAACAGAAAAAUAUAUAUACAGUGUGUGCAAAUGUAGCAAGUUAUGGAGGUAAGGCAAUAAAUAGGCUAUAGUGCAAAAUAAUUACAAUUAGUAUUAACACUGGAAUGAUAGAUGUGCAAGAGAUGAUGUGCAAAUAGAGAUACUGGGGUACAAAUGAGCAAAAUAAAUAACAAUAUAGGGAUGAGGUAGUUGGGCGGGCUAAUUUCAGAUGGGCUGUGUACAGGUGCAGUGAUCGGUAAGGUGCUCUGACAACUGAUGCUUAAAGUUAGUGAGGGAGAUAAGUGUCUCCAGCUUCAGAGAUUUUUGCAAUUUGUUCCAGUCAUUGGCAGCAGAGAACUGGAAGGAAUGGCGGCCAAAGGAGGUGUUGGCUUUGGGGAUGACCAGUGAGAUAUACUAUUUGAGGGCCCAUGACACAUUUUUUCAACCUCCUGAGGGGGAAGAGGUGCUGUCGCGACUUCUUCACGACUGUACCGGUGUGUUUGGACCAUUUUAAGUGUUUAGUGAUUUGGAGGAACUUGAAUCUCUCUACCUGCUCCCCCCCCCCCACCCUUCCUGUAGUCCACAAUCAGCUCCUUGGUCUUACUGACGUUGACCCUGUUAACAAGCUGAUGGCAAGUAACAGCUAUUCUAUAUAUUUUUUUACUACAGGUAGUGUCAUGUCAUUGAUAGCUGGGCUAUUGUUUGGCAGCAUAGCAGCCUAUGGGGCCUUCAUGAUUUCAAAUGACCCAACCAAGACUUUCUACUCCCUCUGUAAGUAUGCCUGCUAUGUUGGGAUGUGUACGUGUUGGAAUGUGUAUAUUUUCAUACAUCUUUUUUAUUUUCUCAGUUGCCUCAGGAGCGCUGACAAUAGUGAUGGGAAUGAGAUUCAAGAAAUCUGGGAAAAUAAUGCCAGGUGGUAUCAUGGCAGGACUAAGGUGAGAAUCAUCAAAAAUCCAUUAUACUCAGUAUUGCAUGGUUUUGAAAUAUAUGGAGGUUAGUUGAAUGUGUUCAUGAAACUCUUUGCUGAUUUUCAUUGUAUUUUGACAUCCGUUACAAUUGACCCUGUAUUGGAAUGUUUCAAAUUAAAUAAUGUGCACAAUCAAAAUGAAGUUAUCUGUUUUCUUUACUCAGUUUGCUGAUGGUCCUACGACUUCUCUUCAUGGGUGUGAUUGUAAUGUGAUUUGAACAAUACAACAACCAACUAAAGCAAGAUGGAAAAUGUAUUCGCAAGGGAUGAAGUGCCAUUUGCACAUUGUUUGUGCUUGCCUAUAUGUAUUUUUGUAAUCAUACUUCAUGUUUGUACGUUCUUUAAAGAACUUGAUGUUGAUCCUGCAACCUAUGAUCAUAAUGCUGCUUUAGUCAUUCCUAAAGUACGCAGCACUGGGGGCAAUGAGUGCACAUGCACAAUGACCAAAUGCUAUGUGGAUGGAGUAAAAAGGUUGUUACUUCCUUGAAUAGUUGUGUUGUCUCAUAGGAAAUUGUUUAAGUUGAAUGAACUACAUUAAUGGCUUACAAUGACUGAGUGAAUUGUUAUUGUAAAAAAAUGUAUGGGGGAAAAAAUGUAUGUGCUCUGGAUAAGAGCAUCUGCUAAAUGACUAAAAUGUAAUUGUAAGAACAAAGGAGCACUUUCUGUUGAACAGGUAAAUAUACUACUGGUUAUAAGCACACAGGUUAUGAUUUGUUCAAUGGAUAUGGCAACAGAAAUACAAUGACAUUUACUACUCGAUCGGAAUUCAUUUUAUAGCAUUGCAGAAGGUAUGACCACUUACUUUUAAAUAGUUUGACAAUCAUAUUCAGCUGCCUGACUAAAUAGCAUCUGUCAAUGAUGGAAUAGCUCCCAGACAUGAUGCAGUGUUUAAUUACAGUGGACAUUAUUUGUUCAACAGCGUUGUUCUUUAUUUAUGUGCACAUUAUUGGAAAACAUAAAAUACUUGUGCUAGUUAAACAAUUGUCCUUACACAUUGUAAUGGAAAUGACCAUCAAGGACGCAUCAAGUCAAUUAGUAAAUGAACGUUAUUACGAGUCACGCCAGUGGAAAGGUUACAACAAACUCUGCACAUACUAGGAUACACAACUCACAAACACAAUUCAUCCUCAGCACAAGGGCGGAGGUUUGGGUACAAAAGAGAAUGUGUAUCAAGGCUCCUGCUCCUGAUAAAGGUUCUCAGAGGUUAUUUCUGGGCGUUCACCCAAGAAGCUCAAGGUUCUCUCUUGGGUAUUGUCUGCUAACACACACACACACACACACACUGAAACUUCCUCCUAUUGUAAGCUAGUUAUAAAAUAUGUCAUAUAGCAAAUAUGUAUUACAUUAUAGCAACCAGCACACACAAUCAUAUAGCCAGGGUUAAACAAUUCAUAAGCUUAUGUCAAUAUUUCCACGACAACAUGUUACAAGAAGUUAUGACAAUAUGGAAUAAUGUAUAUGGAAUUAAUUCAAUUAUAUUAGCUUCAACUCUUUAAUGUGCAUUUUACUUGAUGUUUAGAUGAGCAUCAGAGCUUGAAGUCUAACACGUCACACACAGUCUUUACAUAUACGUCAUCUAAACCAAAGUUAAAUCUAGAAUCGGCUUCCUAUUUCGCAACAAAGCCUCCUUCACGCAUGCUGCCAAACAUGCCCUCGUAAAACUGACUAUCCUACCGAUCAUUGACUUCGGCGAUGACAUUUACAAAAUAGCCUCCAACACUCUACUCAGCGAAUUGGAUGUAGUCUAUCACGGUGCCAUCCGUUUUGUCACCAAAGCCUCAUAUACUACCCACCACUGUGACCUGUACGCUCUUGUUGGCUGGUCCUCUGUAGCUCAGCUGGUAGAGCACGGCGCUUGUAACGCCAAGGUAGUGGGUUCGAUCCCAGGGACCACCCAUACACAAAAAAAAAUGUAUGCACGCAUGACUGUAAGUCGCUUUGGAUAAAAGCGUCUGCUAAAUGGCAUAUUAUUAUUAUUAUUAUCUGAUUGAGGCUUCCUCUUGCUGCCUGGCUGCAGGAACUUGUGAAUGGCUGGUAGGCUUUUCAUCCUCCCUUGAAAAUCCUGAAAAGAAAACCAUUCUCACCCAAUCAAGAAUGAAUCAACUGAAGCAUCCAUGGAUCUUUUUACCUUUCUUUUAAAUCUGCUGCAGACAAUGUCCUAAUCAUCUCUCCUUCCUCCCCAAGUGUGCACUUGUUUGCUUCCCUUCACUGAUUUGAAAGGAAAUGACUGGUAAAAGAAAUAUGCCUCCACCAAUCCAAUGCUUUGAGAUUUGUGGUAAGUACUGAAAGAGUGCACACGUCAUGAGAGAGGAGAGAUUAUUGGGAUCCACCAGGGUGUGGUAGCAGUACAUUUGAACUGGUAUGGCCAGUCAUAUUGUAUACUGAUAUCUGACUGAAAAAUGUGCUGUGCAGCUGGUAUGUGAUAUUCAUAUGCUGCUGGAGUUAUGUCAACCUCUAACAUGUUUUGAUGAGAUGCACUCAAAUGUAACAAGAUGAUUUGACUCGUGAUUAUUUUGUCAACAACAAAAUACAUUUGUAAUCAACUUUACCUUAACAACAGGGAAUUUGGAGAGAAUUGUUGGAAAUUUCUCCUCCAACAUCAAGGUGGUUUCAAGUAGCUGGACAUCCGCACAGCUCAAUUGAUUACCCACCAGGUACUGGGAGCUAGGGAGCGCCUGUUAUAAAAUCACAAGCACACCCUCAUUAUGCAAUACAUCAACUUGUACAGACGUGCCAACCUUUUCUGUUCCCUUAGCAAACAUGGUAUCUCGCAAUUAUUAUGCUAAUAUAACGGCUUAGAUUUGUUCUUUUUUUUUUUCCUUUCUCCCCUUAGUGAGCUCUACUCUUCCCAUCUGGCCAAGGCCCAGAUCAUUCAGUACCUUCUCGAACACAGGGAGGUAGCGGCUUGUUGCUUUCCUCUCUAUCUCCUCCAGUUUAGUUUUCUUGGCGUCAGGCGGCAAGAAGGCCAACACCAUGAUCAUUUCCAUCAAGUCUCUCAGCAUACAUGUCAGUCCUAAAGGUAAAUGAAAACCAAACCCUUUGAAACCAUAGCAGAUUUCCCCCCUUUUUUGUACAAACAGCUUCACUUCUUAGGUCUCUGCAAUACAGCCAAACAAGUAAAUAAAAGUUCGAUUUCAAUCAUAAAUGUCAUACAUACAUGACUCGUUCUUUUAAGUCUUUCCCAUAAAGAUUGUAUUUCCCUGCUAUGUAGUUCAGGAUAGCCUUGGGUUUGAACCAGCUUCAUUCCAUCCAUUUCCACCAACGGAACCUGAGUGCUCCAUCUAAAAAAUUAAAGAAAAAGAAAGGUAAAACAAUUAAACACCCUUCAAAACAAUGAGCAUGUUAUCUGAGUUGUAUUACCAUUGUGACCAAACCUACCACUCAACAGUUUUACAUAUUCCUGGCGCUUUGAUAUAGCCACUUCCUCAAACUGGACAUAAAACAUAUAUUUUAAUUAUGACGGAACAUCCAGUUCAGUGAUCCAUCUGUGUGCAUCACCUGUUUGUCUACCCACUAUUUCACUCAGGGUACUUUAAUUGACUACUUGAAAAAGCAAGUCCUGUAAACAACCUACAGUAAAAAUGUUGGGUUUUAUUUGUUCAGCCUGCUUACCUCAACUCCAGCAACUGCUAAAAGCCAUCGAAUUGACUCCAUUUUCCCCUCCCAUUGAAAUAAGUCAACACCACUUUUCCAGACAUUGUGAACAUUUAGUUUACUGUAGGAAGGAAACAACCUCAUUCAAUUACGCUUUCAUGUGUGUGCAAAUGCAGCAAUGUUGUGUUUGAUGAAUUGCAUAAGAUUUGGUACAUGCAUGCCUGUCAAAUAAAUGAUGGUACAUUGUGAACAGACUACUCUGAAACUAGAACACUGAAACAUACAUGAAAAUAAACCUGAAAAACAAAAGCGUACAAAACAUACGAUUGUCUAUGUAGUUAUCAACCUAUAAUUUCAAGAUAAUUCUACGAAAUAAUACUGACCUUGUAUGUCGAGAGAGAAGUAUGCACCUUUUACGUGUGUAAACACCGAAAAAAUUUACCCUCCCGAAGUUACUAAAAGCUUGAACCUCAAGCACUGUGUCAUAUGACCAACAUGAGAAUUGAGUUGUGGCCAAUUGAAGGACUGGAGAUUUGCAUGUCUGCGAGGCAUCAUGGGUAAUAUAACAAAUAUAUUGUGAAAAAAACAUAUUAGAAGACAAAUCACAUCUUCUCUGACUAUUUCCGUCUUACAGGAGAUGUCAUAGCACACAAUAUUCUAAAAUAGGAACCCCCCAAAAUAAAAAUACAAACCGUAACUGCAAAUUGUAUGGCUCCUUUUUGGUAUAUAAACCGACGAGCCACUCUGCUCCUUUCGGAUGUGAGGGCGAUCUGGCUGCGACAUCUGUCACCCCAUUGAUCGCUAGGGUUGAUUCGGCUGAUCUGGCUGGCUAGGCGGGUGUCCCCUUCCUCCCUCACCGCUCCAUGUGCGUCCCUCCCGAAGCCCCGCGCUCGGUGGAAGAGGACGAGUUUCCCGGACGAGCAUCGUUGGUAUACGCGUAGCUGCACUCCCUGCUAGAACCUCCAAACAAGCUCAAGGCCCAUUUGUAGGAGAAACGUAGGGAAGUCAAGCUCCAAGACUUCAGACACAUCCAAAUGAGGCACUGCACGUGGCAGUCUGCCUUCUUUUGUAAAAAAAAUAUUAAAGUGAUUUAACUUCACUUUAGCAUUUAUGUCAAGGAUUUAUGUCAAGGUCCUCUGUUCUCUUCACUGUCUUGUUCAAUUGAAAAGAGCAAAGCACAGUCUCCUAGAUAAUCCCAGGCCAGAGCAUAUAUAGGAUACAUUAAUCAAGUCAUUGUUUGAUUACCAAAUUAAAGCAAUUCACUAAAUCAGACUAUAUACACACCAAUGACUUUAUUGAUUAUAAACCAAAACAGAAUUGAUGUCAAAGACAUGACCAUUACAGCUUGUCCAACUUUACAGUUGUAAAGAAAAUAAAAAUGGUCAUUACAAUACCACAUAAAUCAAAUGUUAGCAAUGGCAUUUGGUAACUGGCAGUUUUACAUGUUUUUACAAAUUUACAUGUUUUUACAAAUUGGCCCAGCAGAUGAACCAAGUCAACAUACAGUUAAGCCACAUAAUUAAUUACAAAGAAAGAUCCUCUGUAGCUCAGCUGGUAGAGCAUGGCGCUUGUAACGCCAAGGUAGUGGGUUCGAUCCCCGGGACUACACAUAAAUGUACGCACGCAUGACUGUAAGUCGCUUUGGAUAAAAGAGUCUGCUAAAUGGCAUAUUAUAACACGAAUGUCAAUUCUGCUUGAAAUAAAGCACUGAGUUCUUGUUUUAGAGAAAAAAAAUCAAGGAACAAUGAAUACAUUAUUUUUUUAAAUGCACAAGAUACAAGUGUUUCCUGUAUUCCAGAAUCUCAUGAAAGACAGCACCAAGAAAAAUUAACAAAAAACAAAUUGGCAACAGAAAAACAGUGUUGGCCAAACUAUCACAGUGAUUUGCAAUAUAAAAUGACUGGAUUGGUAAUUGAAAAUGCAAAUUUAAACACCAUGGGGACAUUUUACAAAAUCUAUGGAACACAUAUUUUAAGAAGGGGGUGAAAAAGUUAUGCUAUGCAAUAAACCCAAAAAAUAAAUAGUAUGGAAUUUGUCACUGAACAAAAUGUGAUGACACCACUGUCAUGAGUGCAUUUAUCCAUAUAACACACAUACACUGAAAAAGUUGCACAUUUAACAAUAUAUACACAGAUUAAUACAAAACCAAGGUUAUUGCUGUAUAAUAUGUACAUACUUUGAUAUGAAAACAUAAGUUUUUCCUUUUAUAGGGAAAAGACAAAUCUGAAGUACUGUCAUUUGUGCCAGGCCAUAACACAAGUAUCCCAAAGAGGCCACUAGCGGUGUCCAUAUUUGGCAGACCAGUCUGUGCGCCCAUGGAUGGCCUGUACUGGGGGGCGAGACCGUAGGCCUGGCGUAGUCUUGGUGGGCGACGGCACAUAGGAUGAGGCACCCAUCUGAUUUCUGCUAGAUGACCUCCAGGUUGCGUAAUCUGUAACAGCAGAGACAAGAAACAUUAUUACUUUAUAAUAGAAUUACAUUACUACACAGCACCUAGCCUGGAUUGACAACUGUGCAUCGAGACUACAAAGAUCACUCACUUGAUGCUGUCGAGUCCCCUAUGGGUGCGAGUUGCACUCUUUGGCCGGCAGAGCCAACCUCUUUUUUGUAAUAGUUCGGUACAUAUCCACUUGGAAGAGUUUUUGAACCUGUGAUUGGGCCAUCAAAGAUAACAGGAAAUGUACGUUACAUUUAAUACUGUUAACACACAUCACAGAUAGACAUCACCUUAGCUUAUACCACACAGCCCUCUCACUCGUGUUGUAGGGUGACAGGUGAUAAACACACAUGACAUCGGUCCCAACACUAAUCAUUACCAUGAGUGCCUCGGUUAGGAAGUGUCCCUCCAACAGGAAUUCUGCUGCCCCAGAGGUUGCUUUCACUGUAGUUGGAAUUUAUUGCCAUAUUCUUUUUAGUAUUUAAACCUGCAGGGUGAGAUAGGAUAGAUUAGGAAGUAGAGUUUGCAAUGUAAUUUCCAUUGCAACAAGCUGCCCCUUCUGGUUCAACAAGACUACAUCAUCAUGAUUAGCCACUCCUAAGAUGAUGAUCAUUGAUAAUCGGGCUGAAAAGAAUAUGUGGUUUCACCCAUUUUUAAAAACCAUUAGGCAUUAUAUAUCAGAGCAUGUACAUAUGCUUAUGCCUCUGAUUUGGUAGACAAAUGGCAGAUACAUCAAGUUAUUAACGAGUGAGCCCAUUUUAUCAUAUACAUUGUCAGUAACUAGAAGUGCCUUAUUCAAAAUAUCCAUUUGGAAGGAAGGUAAUGUUUUUGUAUUUUCUACCUGGUAGAUAUCUUGACUGCUUCAAGUAAUACUGUUUGGCAGAGGCUGUCCUCGAAGGCUCCUGGUAGGACAUGGCCUUGUUCAGAUUCAAAGGUGCAUCGUCACCUGUUGUCAUCUGCCCCUUAACUUUCGGGCUGCUAAAAUCCAAAACAUUCCCGUACCUGAAAGGCAUAACAGAAAUACAUAAAGCCCUUUAUCUGAAAAUAUCAAACUGAUAACUCAGGUCACUGGGAUAACUCAGGGAGACACUCACUCUCUUCGUUUUUCAGUAGGAAUUUUUGUUUUGCCCAGAACACUUAGUGAGGUCAGCUCCAUGUCCUCAAAGUCAUCCCACUCGUCACCCUUUAGGAGGCCUGUGCCGUGGCCCCAUCGCCGGCGUCCUCCACCCUUAGGUUUCAUCUGAUAACUUAAGAAGUUGGCAUUCUCAGCCUCCUGGGUCAACUGUUAAAAAAAAGGAAAUGGUGUAUUAACAAUCUCUAUGGGGAGAGAAACAACAAUUACAUUUCUGAAGAAUUCAUCAACUUUCCAUUCCUAGCCAUUAAAUGUUGUAUUCAUUUAACAAGGGAUUCUAACAUCUAAUGACAUUACACUGAUGAAUGCUUGUCGUGCUCAAGUAGCUGAGUUGGUGACUGCAAACUCACCUGGCACUGCAAGCUCUUGUCAACAACGUAAGGUAAGCGGUUCUGUGGGGUGGUCUCAGUCUCCUCCUGCUUCACCAUGAGGUUGGGCUGCUCUCGCAACAGCUUUGAGUGCCUCUGGUACGAUGGAACUGGGGUGGGGGCUGAGACUGGGGCUGGAUGGAUCUGUUGCAGGGGCCUGGAC